UCUCUCUUCUCCGUCCCAGCGCCGCUUGUCCCAAAUCGUUCUACCUGGAUCCUAGUGGUCCCUUUAUGUUAUUUAUAAUACUUCCAUUCAGAGCCCUCGCAUUCUUGGUGGACUCUCAGAACCUCGGUUACACACUGUGCAUUGUUACCCCCCGAGUGGUGUGUGGAUUUAUUUUUUUUUUUUACAGCGACAAUACGCCAAGGUAAAAAAAAAAAUAAUAAUAAUAAUAAAAAUGUGUUUUCACUCGUGGGCCAUUCGAACGGGGUAUGAACUUAUUGAGUGCGAGCCAUGAUGAUGGCCCCAUCGUCAACAGUUCCGUGUUUUUUAUGGGAUGUUCUUGAAGUUUACCUCCACGCAGAUCUACAUUUAUUUUGAUUCGAUUUGGGAACUCUUAUAUACUUUCACUAGAUCUCAAGUUGUAGGCGGGUUCCUGACGUCAACACAGUGCACCUAACGUCAUUUAAAUACAGGCUGAGAAGUAAUACUAUGUAAAGUAUUUUGAUCAUCCGCAAGUCAUUGUAUGAAUAGCUUAAGUAUUUACACACAAGAAAAGUCUCCAACUUAAUCUUGCAUGUACGACACCACAUCAACAACGCAGACUAAAAUGAAUAUAUUUGGUUGGCGCAAGAGCGUUAGCAUCAGUGAACAGGACCCAACGUUCAAAGUGCGAUACCUGGGCAACGUCCAGACAGCAGUGAUGAAAGGCGAAGGGUGUGUGGAUAGAGCCACCAGCAUCAUAUGGAAUAACUAUCUCCGUAGCGAGCACCCGGGCAUCGAGAUGAAGAUCGUUAUCACAGGCUCAGGCAUGAAGGCUUACACUAAGGAGCAGGGGCUCACCGAGUACAGAGCCCAUAGAAUAUCCUAUUGCAUUGCCCACCCUGACUACCCUAAACUCUUUGUCUGGGUGUAUCGCCACGAGGGUAAAAAAAUGAAACUCGAGCUCCGGUGUCACGCUGUCUUGUGUAAGAAUGAAGCCAAGGCCAAAACGAUGGCGCUGCAGCUCCACCAGAAGCUGAGCUUCGCCUUAAAAGAGUUCCAGAGGGAGAAACUGAGGAAACAGACCUCCCGUCUGGUCAUGCAGCGCACCAAGUCUAUGCCUAAAACUGGCAAUGUUCUUCCUCUCAGGACCCAAAUGCUCAGCACAGCCAACAACUUUCGACCGCCAGUCUCCAAAUCAAAUACAGCACCAAAACUUGGUGCUAUCACUGAGGAUGAAGAAGAUGAGUGUGUGGAGGAAGAGGAGGAAGACGAUGAUGUUGUAGCCAUGAUGAGAAAUCAUGUUCUCGAUGGAGUGGAAGACAACAACAACGCAGACAACUGCAGCUUACCUUCCACUCCAGCCAGCGUGGGACCCUCCCCACCUCGCCUGCACCACAAAGGGGCAGAUCAUCAUGGGAUUCUGGCUGCCUUAGACCUGGAAUCCGCUGAAGGCAUGGGUUCAGACUUCUUCAAUUCUGAACCAAUCAUAGACCUGGAAUUGGGCAAUGAUUUAGAAGAACUGAGGCGGGAUGAUGGGGUUCAGUAUUGCAUUCAUGAAGGGGCAGACUCCGAUGAGGAGAGUGCAGAGUCAGGAUUCCAUGAUCAAGAUCAGGAUCUGGCAGAAGUGGAUAAAGACAAAGAGGCUGUGAUUUCUAAAGGGAAAACAAAACUGUCUUCUCUGACCAACGGUUGUAAUGACGAAGUGUGUCCACUUCCAUCUUUUGGUGACUUCUCUUCGUUAACAAAUGAACAUACUGAAAAUACAAGUUUGUGAAUGAAACAAAGAAACAAACUGAAUCAAAUCAAAAUUUUCACAGCAAUAACUUAUUUGACUUUAGACAUUAGUCUCUAUGCAAGUAAAACACAACAAACUUGAUUCAAGUCUUUGAGCAAUGAAUACAGCUUAAUCUUUACAAAACUUCAGAAACGUUGACAUUUUAAUUGAAUAUGUCAGUGAAGUCAGAUUUCUGUUUCUGCAAAUUUCUGUUUAGAAUUUUUUCCCCACAUUAACUUGAAAAUUGUGUUAGCCAUUGGUAUUUACUUGUUAAGGUUUUUCUCUGGUCCAGCAGCCAUGGUCUUAUAUAAUGCAGAAAAGAUUGCUUGAUUUUAGAAUCAUUUGAGCUCAAUAUAAAUUACUUCAAGAUCACACAAAAACUCUUUCAUAAACUUUAUCAUUGGAUCAUUUGAUAGAAUUUGUAAAUAUAAGUUCUAUAAAGUUAAAAAGUCAUACUGAAGCCCACAAAAUGAAAUAAUUUUUUAAAAAUUAAAUUAUAAUGAUGGUUAUAUGGCCAUGUGAUUAUGCGCUUUGGACUGUGGUGAUGAUGGUCUCAGGCUUAUAUCCCACAUAUGGCCAGGACCUAAUAAUCAUCAAAUCUGACGGAACUUUCAAAACUUACAAGUGAAGCCAUAUGACGAUCAGAUAGUUUCUUUUUGAGCCUUAUUUGUUUAGACAAAGUUCAUUUGUACAUUCAUUUUGUUGUUUCACACCCUCUCUUUAUAAAUUACAAAGAUAUAAAUAUGAGCGUACAAGUUGUCAACAUUUUCCUGGUCUUGCAUUUAUGUAUUUCAUGCCAUGAAACCACAGAGUGGGCUAUGUCAGUGGUGUGUCUAUUAAAAAUUUCAAUGAUCACAUUCCAAUGUAAAAAAAAAAUUCUGCCUUUGAUUGCAAGAAUGUGUAAUGAAUGCAGAUAAUUCAUUGUUCCUUGCAGUGAAACAUUUUUACCUUCCAACUUUUUGUUUUCUCAAAAUGGCAAAUGCUACAAUAUUUAUAUUCAUGGACUAUAUGCAAUAAAUGGAUUUGUGAACAAGUUCUUUUGCUGCUGUGCUGAUGUGACAUUUAUAUAGGGUACACUAUUUAUAGUUCUAUAUUCAUUUUGUUUACAAUUACAUUAUACUCUGUUGGAUGUAAAUAGAAUCUUAAUGUGGAUAAGAUCUGUAUUCAGUGUUAUUGUUAUUGUUGUAUAGAUGUACUACAAUGUUUCAUCCCUUACAAAAGAGGGUCAUUUUUCUUGAAAGUAUCUGUCCAUGUAGCAGGUUCUUUCAAUUCUUGUUUUCCCCAUACGCUGGAUCACACCUUGAUCACAACUUAGCUUGCAUUUUUUUUUUUCAACCUUAAAAAAAAGUUUGCUCGAAUUUCUACAAUUUUUUUUUUAUUAACACAAAAAGCCUAUAUUAUUAUCAAUUGUUCUCCAGCUUUAAAAAAAAUAAAAUUUAAUAUUCAUGUGUUUGUAAUUAUAAUGAUUUUCAUAGAAAAUUUCUGAAUGUAAUAAUAAAAAUAAUAAUUUUGUUUGCGAAUAUCAAACCUAGAUUGUUACAUACAUUUAUCAAAAUAAUUUAGGAAACUAAACUGAGCACAACUUAUUUUUAUCAAGCCAAAACUAUGAAGCUUUAAAAAACUCAGAAAUACUCAAAAGUAUGCUAAUGUAAGCAGAUAUUUAUUUCUACACAUUUGGGCUUACAUUAAAUGUUAUUCAAAAUAUUGUUGGAACAUUUUGUGUUUUUCUGGGUGUUUAACAAGACAAGAGUUAAUGUAAUCUAGAUGACAGACUACUAUGUAAAGUUACUCUGUUAUGUUACUUUAUUACGUUACUCUGUUAUGUUUCUCUGUUAUAUCAUUAAUAUUUUGUUGUUUUCAUGUAGACAAUUAUUUGUAAAAAAAAAAGAAAAAGACUGUCUUGAACCUCGCAGUGCUUUCAUUCUGUUGAUCUUGUCAUCUCACCAACUACCACACAUGCUUUCUGUUCAGCACACACAAACACGGGCAAGCUCUUGUUGACUAUGUUACCUCUACUAUACUCUGAGUGACAGCUCUAUAUUUAGCGACAUCAUAUAAUGCUGUGAACUGUUAUUCCCCAUUUAUAAUACCAUUUGUCUCAAGAGAAUGUUUCCUGUUAGCUCUAGCAGGGUUUCCAAUUUUUUUUUGUAUUUAUGAAGAGUAAAAAAAUUGGUUAAACUAGCAAGUUGAUUGUUUUGUAAUUAAUAUUUACAGAAUGAAAUGAACAUUAAUAUUAUGACAAACAUGAGCAAACAAUAAUAAAUAAGAUAUAUCAUUGGGGAUCUGUUAAAGGAAUAUGAUCAAUUAUACCUAGUGACUAAUAGUAUUUAUAUAAAAUUUUGUCAGCAAAAUUAAUCUUUUAUGUGAAAUAACUGACAUGCCAGCCAUUGUUUUCUUCCCCUAGAACCUGUUUUUUUUCUUUUUUUAUUUGAACAUUACUAUGACAACUAUCAAUCCAAUUUUUUAGUUUUCUGAAAACUGGCUUUUGAUAAAUUUUUUCCCUAACAAUCUGCACAAACUAUUUUACAAUUGGCUAAGAACUAAGUUUUUUUAUGUCUAGAAUUCUGGGUUGUUGUAGAAUAAGGGCCUAUUGCUUUGUAGAGAUAUGCAUUUAAGUCAUUGAAUGUCGCUCAAAAUACGUUUCCUUACAUCAUUGUAGAUUAUAACACUUUUACUGUCAGAACAUUGCAGAUUAUACUUCAUUUUUGUUAUAAGUUGUAGAUCUAUAACUGAAUGCAAUACAUAUAUUUGUGUACACUCCAUUCAAUUAGUUAUUAAAGUAGUAUUUUGUAAUUAGUUUGUAGACAUUGUAAGUGUACAGAACAUUCCUAAACAUGUUAAUGUCGAGAAUCUCUUCAGUAUAUGUUCUGCCUUACUUAUCAGUUUCACAUUUUCAAAACUGUUUUCUAGCUGGUACAAAAAUAUUGUUUUUUGUUUCGAGGUUACAUAAAAUAUAAAACCCUAGCCUCAAUGAGAAUGAAAUGUUUUCUGUAUCAAAAAGUCACAACCUAUGUUUGAUUGUGAAUUUUAUUAGCAAUACAUUUUAGCAUGUUGUCUGUUCACUACUUUAAAAAAAAAAGAGCUUUUGUUAAAAAAACAACAUUUUUCUGAUUUCUUAUUAAAAAUAAUAUUUAUGUUUUAUAGUUAACAUUGGAAAAUGAGUGUGAGAAUUCAAAUUUUCUAAAUAUUUGUUUCGAGGUAAAGUUCAUGAGACUUUUUCAAGUUUACAAAAUUUAUAUUCCCUCAGCUAUAAAUUGAACAAAUUUAGAAACAGUUUCCUCAAAAUGUAAAUGUACUUCCAUAAGAUGUCAGUUGUAUGACAGAAAAAUGGAACAUAAAAAGGCGUUGAGUCAUAUGAUUAAUGUCUCCUGGUGAGAGCACAGGCAUGCACAUGAUUCCAUUUUUAUAGAGCAGAUUAAAGCCAGACUUGUGUUUGACAUGCAUAGCCUGACAGAAGAAGUAGGGUACAUCCAAUGGACAACUUGAAUUCAAAUCAAAACAUUCCAGUUCUCAUAUUUAUUGAUAUGUUUCUGACACUGUGAAUCACACUUGACUGUGCAUUAUGUCACACUUCACUAGUUUUGUGUUAAAGAUUUAUUUUUCUUUUCAUUAUUUUUUUUGUUGUUGUCUCCUGAUAAAAAAAAAAAAAUCUCAAAUAUAUUUCAGACUGCUUCCUU